UGAUGGCAAAAGACUCAUACACGUAACUUGUUCAAGUGCUUAAAUAUCUAGGAUUUGCUCUUUCGCUCAUAAUCCCAACUAUUAAUUCUCGUGUACAUGUCAAUUGCAUUCUAUUUGAUGCUUCAAACAUUUGACUAAAAUUUAGGCUUUUCGAAAAAAUCUAAAACAAUCGCUCAAGGGAUUACGUGUGACUCAGCAUACCUGCAAAUUAUCCCUUGACAAUUGUCAUUGACAGUAAUAUCUCACUCGGGGAUGUGUAGUCAUAGUUGCUGGCUCAUCGUGCCAUUGAGAAUUUGAAGAAUAGGCACCCGACCAAGACGUCUAAUUUUCUGAUGCUUGACUAUUAGGACUGGGCAAUUGCAGCUAACCUUGCCCUCAUUUGUAUAGUUAAAUCAAAUUAACAUAGCAAAUCAUUUGAAAGGUGUGACCUAGCCAUCAAUGAAGUAAGUGAAAAUUAUGAUAGAUCAAGGUUCAAAUUCCAGCGAUUGUUUCUCAUCUACCUUGGCUUUGGUUAGCUUUAACACAGUAAUGACCAGAACUUUAUAAUGGAGCUGGGAUCUUUAUAUUCUCAAUCGGGAUUCUCUAGAGACAUUCACCUUUGGAUCGGAUUUCUUCUGAGUACCUUUUCGAUAACCAACUUUGAUAUGAUUCAGUUGGAGAUGCAGUUGAUAAACAGUUGACCGGUUCAUCAUUUCUUGACUUGCUGAUUUCUCGUUAGGUAAGACUCUUUCUCUCUCUAGUCUAACUCCCAUUGAAAUUUAAAUAUUGCGUGUGUUAGAUUGCAUGCUCUAGGCUCCAUGAGAUCACAAAGUGAAGAGGAGCAGGUCAACGAGUUUAGAGAAAACGACUCCAAAACAGAUCUUUUAUUACCCUUUUCUUGACAUUCUCUUUGGAGUCAUUACCACCAAUUCCACCAUUAUGUCCCUCAAAAAAGUCACAAGAUGGAGCGGUUUAACAAACUCCUUUCUUUACUUCACUGUUCAAGUUCAAACCUUCCAUUCUUAAAUACCAACUUUAAUAUCUAUUAUCAAUGCCCCAUUAAAAACACACAGCUUUAAUUUAUUCAUUUUCCCAUCUCCAUAAGUCAUCUUGAGUUAGAUUUCUCAAACCAUCACCAACAAACUCCAAAUGGGCAAUUCCAUUAAUCCACAGGGCAAGUUAUCAGAUGGCACAAGCAAAGUUAUUUUUACAGAUGGGACGAUUCAGAGUUAUGACAAGUCUUUAACAGUAGCAGAGUUGAUGCUGGAGAAUCCCCAGCAAAUAGUGGUUGAAUUCAAGCCGAUCGCGGAUGGAAAAAAGCCGAUUCCAUUGCCUGCUGAUAUGAAACUGGAGAGGAACAAGGUUUAUAUGAUGGUUCCAAAAAGGAAAGGCAAGCCAGUUAGCUUGUCAUCUGAAGAAGCACGACGAAUUUUAAUGAAAACUAGCUCUAUGCUUAAAUCCAAGUCUCUGUUAGCUUCUUAUACCGGGUUUUUGCCAGUAUUCGCACGUAUAUGCCCAGCAGCGGCCGCAGCAGUUUCCUCUGCAUCAUUGGGAAAUGGUCGUGAUUAUGUUCUUAAUUCGGACAAGAAUCUUUGUUUGGUGAAAAGAGAAGAAGAGGAAGAAGGAUCUAAACAUGAUUACUUCAGUGAUAUUCUUGAAGGAAGGCCCGAAUUCUUAAGCAGGCAGUUGUCAGGAAAAGGAUGGAAACCCAGUUUAGAUACCAUUAAAGAGAGGAGCAUACAAGCGAAAAUUCGUCAUUGGUUGUUUUAAGGUGUUGUCUUUGUCCAAUCAAAUGUUGUCAUCUCUAGUUUUCGCUUCUUUCUUCUUUCCUUUAAUUUCUCCCGUUGUUUCUUUAAGCUUUUUCUUUUGUCUUUCUAGUGUCUGUCUGGUCAUGCAUCUUUACUCUUUAUUAAGUUUACUGCUUUUUCUGUGACUUAGGAAAAAGCCAUGGUGUAACAAAGUCUUGUUAAUGUGGUAAUUUGUAGCUUUCAAUGCAUGGUGUGAUAAAGUAUUGUAAAUGGUGUUCAGCUUU